UUUUUCUUGACAAGUUGUCAAAAAUUCCAACAAGCUUGGUAUAUUUAGCAGUUUCUCUUGUUUUUAAUCGUUAAAUAUGAUAUUAGACUUGUAUUAUUCGGUUAUUUAGUUUUACAAGACCCUAAACAUGGAUUCUCAAAUAAUGGUAGAGCCAUUGCCUCUACUGGGGAUCUGUAAUUUAUGUUUGAACGAAGGUGCUGUAAAAAGUAUGUUGCUUGCAUAUAAAUACGGUGAAAACAGUGUAACUUACGCGGACUUGCUGCUAAAAUGCUUUUCUAUCGAUUUAACACUGCUAGAGCUGGGAGACACGAAGCGGCUGAUCUGCGAGCCGUGUGUCUCGAGACUGCAGGACUCCGCUGCCUUCCGUGAAGAAGUGGAGGCCUCGCUGCGGACAUUGGAGGCAACCGUCAAACUGCACAAAGAGGAACAAAUGGCUGAUGUGAAACCAGAACUUCCUCAUGAUGACUUUGACGACAGCUAUGAUGGAGGACUGGACGAUGAUGAGGAGGAUAACAUGGUGCUAAAAGACAUCGCGAUUAAGAAGGAGCCUAAACAAGAGUUCCAUCCAAAGAAGCCUUGGAAGAAGGCCAGCAAACCCAAAAUAACGCUUGUGAAAACUAACAACUUGUGCGAGAUUGAAAAAUUACUGGAGUCCGGUCUCUUCCCGUUCAAGAUGCGCAAAAACCGCACGUUUUCCUGCUCAAUAUGUCCGGAGAGUUCGACAAAUUUAGACGACAUUAGGAACCAUAUCAAAGACCACAGCAAAUCGAACUUGAACGUAGCAUUUAAGAAAAUGAUGUAUUCAAACUCCCAAAGGUUUUACAAGAACUCAACGUCUUUGCGCUGCAAAAUUUGCACGACUGAUAUCACCAACUACGCCGAACUUAAGGAACAUUUGGAAAACUGCAAUCGAUUGAAAACGCCUUACAAGUGGAAUAAUUUGCCUUUUAAAUUGGAGAAGGAUCAGCUGGACUGUCCGGUUUGCAAGAAAACAUUUUUGAACUUCGUUAGUUUGAACACGCAUAUGAAUUUGCACUAUCCGAAUUUUAUUUGCGAAAACUGCGGUAAAGCGUUCGCUUCCAAAGCCAGGCUGCGCGGACAUAUGCGGACUCACGAAGUAGGUAGCUUUCCUUGUAGAUAUUGCAGUGCUGUCUUCGAUCGAGUCACUAAAAGGGAGAAUCACGUGUCCAAAGAACACAAAGCCGGAGUGAGAUAUGCUUGCAAACGGUGUAAUAUAUCUUUAACUUCCUUCUACGCGCGGCAGAAACAUUUAGCAGAAGUCCACAACGAGGAAUUGAAAAGGUACAAAUGUAAAGCGUGUCCGCAAAGCUAUAUAACUCCUGGACACCUGUCGAGUCAUGUCCGAAGAGACCAUUUGAACGAGAGGAAUCACAAAUGUGAUAAAUGUGACUUGGCUUUUUAUACUAAGAACGCGCUAAAAAUGCACAUGAUAAAGCACGAUGGGGAAAGAAUACACGUUUGUACUAUAUGUCAAAAGUCCUAUCAAAGGAAGAAGACUUUGAGAGAACAUAUGAGAAUCCAUACUAAUGAUAAGAGGUUCGUUUGCCCCGUCUGUGGGCGGGCGUUUACACAGAAAUGUACGUUAAAGGGACAUCUAAAAGUACACGAAAGGAAAGUUGAAGUCGAUGAUAGAAUCAUGCAGCCGUUACAUUCUAUUUAAAACAUCACGCUGUCCUUACAGGCAAGCUCGAAAUAUAUCACAUAGUAUUUUGUUUCCUUAAAAAAAGAUUAAAACCCGUAUUCUGUUCGCAAUUUUUAUUCUAUUAGUCUAUAUAAAUGUUAUAUUUGAAAUUGAUAUUGUUAUACAGGAUGUGACAUCGUAACGAAUACUGAGCGGGAUGAUUCAGACCAUGAUUCUGAGUUAAUAUCAAGUGGAAUUUUCCGUCGCAAAAUUCAUGGUUUUUUUUUAAUUAUUUUCAAUUCUAUACUUUGGCGUUGGUAAAUUUCACUUGAUAUUAACUCAGAAUAAUUAUCUGAAUCAUCCCUCUCAGUAUUCGUUACGAUGUCACUUACACACCAUACAAGUGCGUAUGGGUGUUAGUGACACCGUAACGAAUACUAAGGGGGAUGAUUCAGGACAUGAUUACGAGUUGAUAUCAAGUGGAAUUUCUUGUCAUUUUCAAUGUUAAUGUUUUUUAUUAUUUUCAGUUACAUAAAGUUAAGUGUGCCAGGAUCGAAGCAAAUGGAAUUCCAUAGUCUCUGCUUACCCCCGUGGGAAAUGGGCGUGAGUUUAUGCGUGUAUGUAUGUUCAGUUCUAUACUUUUGCGAUGGAAAAUUCCACUUGAUAUCAAACUACUCGGAAUCAUGGUCUGAAUCAUCCCUCAAAGUUUUCGUUACGAUGUCACUUACACCCUAUAAUACAGUUGUGUUAAAUUAUCUGUAAUUUAACUGUGCAAUACUCUUAAGUAUUAAAAUUAUAUUUAUUUAUACUUUUGUUAUUAUUUUGUGUUUAAAACGACAUUAAUAUCAUUGACUAGAGAAAUUAUAGAUGAGAGUUGUCUUUGGGCCAGCUUUAUGCUAGUUUUCUGACAGUUUUUGCAGGGGGUGAGGUAUACACAGCACUAUCUACUCACUGCCGCAUGUCUACAAACUUGUAUGCUCAAAGUGACAGCUAACAUUUCAAGGUUAGCCCAGCUGCCUUCAUCCCACCCUGCGCUGCCAUUUCGUAAAAAAUAAAUUUCCCACAACCAAUGUUUUUAUAUUUACUUUGCAAGGAAAUUUUGAACUUUUAGUAAAAGAUUUGCUUACAGUUUUAAUGAUUUUUAUUUAUGUGACAGUAAUUCACUUAAAAUUCAAUAAUAAAAUUCGCGUCCUUGGAAUGUUGGAGAUACCAUUCGAAUGGUAACACUUAUGUCAUCAUAUGGCUAGCAAUUAAUGACAGGCUUAAAAGGCUACUAGGCCAAAGCCGUUAAACCCUUUCCAAAAAAAAACAUGGCUAGCUAUGGCGGCUUGUCAUAGGAUUGAGCAUACCAUGGUUUAUACAUACUAAUGUGAGGAGGUAUUUUUUAUUUUAUUUUUUUCUUAAGGGUCUAGUUUAUUACUUUGCAAUAAACUGAUUGGACUUUUGCAGAACAGAAUGUGUGAUAUUGAUAACACCCGUCUAUAUUAUUUCUAAGAUCACGGAUAAAGUUUGAUUAGGUAUUAUUAUUUGAUUAUUCACAACUCAAUUGAAAUUGCUAAACUGUUAACUGCCUAUGAAAAUAAGAUUUUAAACUUGUAAAGAUUCUCAUUAUUAAUAUUGUAAAUAUUUACUAAGGAAUUGACAUGUACAGUAGUACAUUAUAUUAUGAGUCUGCAAUAAACAUUUAAUUGAUUUAA